AUGGAAUACCGGAAAAUCAAAGAUGAGGGCGAUCAUGACGUCGCUUCUGAUAUCGAGAGUUUGAAGGGGAAGUCUCAUACCGUUGCUUCGACUAAUAUUGCCAUGGCUACUCUGGGUGUUGGAUCGGGUGAACGGAUCAACUGGAAACGAAAGGGUGUAGUAACAUGUGCAUUGACGAUUCUGACGAGUUCACAAGCGAUACUCAUCGUGUGGUCGAAGCGAGCUGGGAAGUAUGAGUAUAGUGUUACAACCGCCAACUUUCUGGUUGAGACUCUGAAAUGUGCGUUAUCUCUGCUUGCAUUGACAAGGAUAUGGAAAAACGAAGGUGUUACUGACGACAAUAGGUUAAGCACAACAUAUGACGAAGUUAAAGUCUUUCCCAUCCCUGCUGCUUUGUAUCUUUUCAAAAAUCUGUUGCAGUACUACAUUUUUGCAUACGUAGACGCCCCAGGGUAUCAGAUAUUGAAGAACCUGAACAUCAUAAGUACUGGUGUAUUGUACAGAAUUAUACUGAAGAAAAAUUUGCUGACUAGCUUCUCUGACAGAUUGAGCGAGAUCCAGUGGGCGGGAUUCAUUCUAUUGUGUUGUGGAUGCACCACUGCUCAGUUGAAUUCAAAUUCUGAUCGUGUUCUUCAGACAUCUCUUCCGGGCUGGACUAUGGCAAUUGUUAUGGCGCUCUUAAGUGGUUUUGCCGGAGUGUACACAGAGGCUAUUAUAAAAAAGCGGCCUUCAAGGAAUAUAAAUGUACAGAACUUCUGGCUGUAUGUCUUUGGGAUGGCUUUCAAUGCUAUUGCUAUAGUGAUCCAAGAUUUCGAUGCCGUUGCAAAUAAUGGCAUUGCUGUGUCGAUGGUGAUGAAAUAUGCAGACAACAUUGUAAAGGUUUAUUCGACAUCAGUGGCGAUGCUUCUCACAGCGGUUGUCUCUGUAUUCCUAUUCAAUUUUCAUCUUUCCCUUGCCUUCUUCCUUGGUUCCACGGUCGUCUCUGUUUCGGUAUAUCUACAUUCCGCUGGGAAGCUACGAUAG